AGAGUUGAGGGACAGCCCUGAGCCACAGUGGGUCAAAGUCCACCAAGGAUAGGUCAUUAACAUUCACCCCUUUUGUUGCUAUCCUCAGAGAUCCCCGGCCUUAGCAGAUGAAGCCAGGAAGAUGGAAGAUGUCAAGUCUAGAGGCUCCCUGCUGGAGUUCAUUAAACGGUUCCCUCACAUCUUCCUGAGGCUCCUGAUGAACCCCCUGUUCAUGCUGGUGGUCCUGGCUCAAUGCUGCUUCUCUUCUGUCAUCGCCGGCCUCUCUACGUUCCUCAACAAGUUCCUGGAGAAGCAAUACGGAGCUUCCGCAGCCUAUGCCAACUUCCUCAUCGGUACUUCCAGCACGAGCCGGGUGGAUCGACCUAAAGGAAAGGAGGGAAUGGGCCCUCUGCCGUCCAUCCGGGGAGAGCCAAAGGCCAGACCAGAUACACAACAGGAGAGACAGGGGGGCUUGCCCGGGAGAAAGAAUGUUAAGGACAUCUCCCCCCCCCCCCCGCCAUCUCCCCGGUUGGCAUUCUAG